AUGCUAAUGGAUCAUUAUGCCAACCAAAGAUUGCUGGUGCGUUCGUGUUUCUCGACCUUCACUGCCAUUCUUAAGAUGAAAGGCGAGACAGUGUCGGAUCUGCGACGAAUGUUUCACGGCAUGCUCCAGACCAUGGGUUCGCUGGAAGGCAUCGGACGACCGAUCAGCAGCUGCAGCGACCUGUUCGUGCACUUGGUCGUAGAGAUGCUGGACCAACGCACAAGAAGAGAAUGGGAGAUCGAGAUUGGCAGCACCACAGAGCCUCCGUCCAUCGACGAGUUAAAGACAUUCAUGGAAUGCCGCUUACGAUCGCUGGAGGCCCUUCACCCGGCUUCGGGGGAUGCAGCCAAGACGAGCGGAACCACGUCAAGGACGGCACGGUCGCACCUCGCCCAGAAGACGGGCAGAGGGUUGAAGAACGUAAACAUAGUGGCUCAAAACGCGUCACUGGCCGAACUUGGUAUGGAUUCGAUGAUGGCAGUAGAAAUUAAGCAGACAUUGGAAAGAGAGUUUGAUAUUCUUUUAACGGCGCAAGACAUUCGAAAUCUUAAUUUUGCUAAACUUAAACAAAUGACAGAUACAGCCGAGCAAAGGAAAACGCACAACAUAAAUAAAAUUGAUACAAAUAAUUUGGAAGGUUUGGACAUCAUGAUUCAAAUAAUUAAGGAUUCAGAUUUAGUUUCAGAUGUUCUUGUAGAACUUGCUACAGAGAAGGAGGAUGGUAGAGAUAUUGUAUUUCUCAUACCAGGAGUUGAAGGAUGUUCAAAAGUAUAUAAAUCUAUAGCAUCAAAAAUUAAAUUUUUGCCAAUAUGUGUACAACAUGGUAUCCUUAAUAUACCUCAAAGUCAUUCAGUGAUGAAAUCAGCUGCAUAUUUGCUGCCUUAUAUAUUGAAGAAAUUAAAAGAUCGAAGAGAAUUUCUAAUAGUGGGUUAUUCAUUUGGAUCUUUAAUUGCUAUCGAAUUAGCAAGAUUAUUAGAAGUUAAUAAUUUCUCAGGACGAUUAAUACUAAUAGAUGGAGCUCCUGAUAAAAUGAAAUUUUGGCUUGAGCAAUAUACUUCAUACACUUCGCCAGAAGAGAUACAAAAUACAAUAUUACUUAGCUUGUUGGAAAUGUAUACUGCAGUUAACAAGCAAAUGCUUGUAUUGGAGCUGAAUAAAUGUAACGCAUGGGAAGAGAAAUUAAAAAUAUUUCAUGCUUACUUUCCAAAGGAAUUAAAUAAAUUAAGUAUUGAAAAUCAAAAACUUAUAUGUUCGACAAUUUAUAAUAAUGUAAUUGCUAUACGGGAUUAUAAUAUAUCUUCAUUACCACGCCUUAAGUCAUCUAUAACAUUGUUAAGACCUACUCUUGCAAUUACCUCUUUUAUUGAAGAGGAUUAUGGUUUACGUAAGGUUACCGAAGGUACAGUGCAAAUUCAAUAUGUAGAAGGUACUCAUAUCACAAUGAUGGACAACGAUAAAAUUAUAUCGAUUAUUAAUGAAGAAUAG